CAUGCUCUUCUUUCCAACCCCACCCCUCCUCCACCUGAGUGUCCUCCUCUUUCUGUCCUCCUCUGUUCUUUCCUGUCAGACUGGGACUAGUAGCCAGUGUCAGGCGGCCCCCUUCGUCCCGGGACAUAACCUGGUGGGGGAGGGCUUCGAUGUGGUGACCCUGAGGCGAAAAGGAGCCUACGUGGUGGACGUGAAGACCUACAUGACCCCCGCUGGCACCUGUAAACUCUGCAGAAACCCCAAUCAAGGCAACAUACUCCAGAAACUGCCGGUCUCUGCAGUGGACUGGCGAGCGUUCAGCCGCUGCUACACGUUUCUCUUCAGCAGUGUACACUACACUGUCAGCUCCCUGCUCAGCACUUUCACCUCCCAGGACAGUUCGGACUGGAAGGUUGGACUAACUUUUAGGGACUCCAGUCUGGAGGUGGGGGGAACACGAUCCAGCGCGUACAGCUUUGCUACAGCCCGGAUCCGAGAGGACCGCUCCGCCUUCAGCACCCACCGGGCCUCUUGUCGCCAUUACAGUUACCGCUUGUCGAGCAAUCCUCCCCUCAGCACUGAGUUUAGCAAGGAUUUAGCGAAUUUGCCAAGUUCAUACAGCCCCUCCACCAAGACCCAGUACAGACAUCUCAUAAGCAUCUACGGCACGCAUUAUAUCCGCCUGGUCAAUCUUGGGGGACGUGUCAGGCGAGUCACGGCUUCACGAACCUGCUUGUCCAGUUUGAAUGGCAUGUCAUCGAACCAGGUGCAUUCUUGCUUAUCAAUAGGUCUAAAUGUAGGCCUGGGGAAAGUCAAACGUUCUGCUAGUUCUACGUCAUGCAGCAAAGUGCUACACAACCAGGACGUCUCCGCUUCGUUCAGCUCUGGUCUCCACCAACACUAUACAGAGGUGAUAGGAGGCAAGGGUUGGACCGGUGAGUUUUCUCUCACCCAUAACAACUCCCUGGGCUUCCUAAAUUGGCUGAAAACUCUCAAAGAUCACCCUGAUGUUGUUUGGUAUUCCCUGAGACCACUGUACCAGCUGGUGUCGGACACUUCACGAAGGACAGGAUUGAAGGCCGCCAUAGAGGACUACUUGAAAGACAACAGCAUCAAGAAGUCAGUCAGUCCACCAACGUGCCGCAGCGUCCCAAACCUAGAUUACAACUGCUGUCCCAAACAGACCUGGAGGGGAAACUUGGUGGUGACCAUCGUCCGAGCCUGGAAUCUGAAAGGAGAUUGGUGGGGCAGAACUGAAUCGUACGCUAAAAUGUGGUACGGUUCCUUUUACCGCAGGACUCGUAUAAUACGCUCAAACUACCCUCGCUGGAACGCUCGCUACUCUCUGGGAAAUGUGGACACACAUUUGGGUCUGAAGAUUGAGGUCUGGGAUGAAGACUGGGGCAGGGACGACCGUCUGGGGUCAUGUGUGAAGACCCUGAGCCAAGGCACUCACAGAUUCACCUGCUACGCCAAGAAAGGCGGCGUUGAGGUGGUCUACAGUCUGACCUGCGACCGUCACCUGACUGGAAACAGGUGUAACCGCUACAAACCCUCUCCAUAACGAGGAAAGCAAUCUGGAUGGCACGCUUCAUUAAAUCAGAAUCAGUGUUAUUACAGGUUUCCACUAUAGAUAAUUGGCUUGCUUGUCUUAAAUCAAGUUUGUUUUUUAAAUCUGUUGAUUACUUUCUUUAAAUGCAAUAAAUAUAGUCACUUGAGUUACAUACUAUUCAGUUCCCUGGUUUAAAUACUUACAUAUUUGUUGUCCAUAUUAAUUAGAGGUAUGGCUAUGUUUAGGUAAGGGUUUGAUUUUUAAAUGAAUGUUCAUUAUUGUAUAUGUUUCUCAAUUUAAAUGUUGUUUUGGUUUAGUGUGAAGAGACUUUUCAAUCAACUUGGAAGAUAAAGUCGUUUUGUUUUAUCCUGUUUAAUACCAUUUUGAAUGUUGAACAUUUAAAUAAAUAUAUAUAUAGUAAGUGAUCAUUGUUUGUGCUGUCAUCCUCGUAUCAAUAAAGAUUGU